AUGAUAUCUGGUAUUAUGGAUCAAACUGGAGUCAGUGGCCAUGAGCAAGGAAAACGCAUCCUGUACUGUUUCCCCCAACCUCGAGGUAAGAAUAGAAAAACACAACGACCCUUUAGCAGAAUGAGCCGGGAUGAACUGGAGGACAAAUUGUUUCGCCUUCAUGAAGAGCAUUUAUUAGUGAAAGAGCUUUCUUGGAAGCAACAGGAUGAGAUCAAAAGGAUGAGGACAGCCUUGCUCCGGUUGAACUCUGCAGGUCAGGACCUGAGGUCAGAAGCAGAGGCAGCAACAGCGAAACAGCUCUCAGCACAUGCAAGGCAGCAGCGGAACUUCAGAUGUAGGAAGCAGUGGAACCCUAAGCUCCAGCAGUCCCUGAUUCAAGGAGUACAAGAACAUUUCCCACGGGUUGGCGCCCCUGUUCCCCGCCGCUCCCAGUCUCGAGUUCGCAACAGUGUGGGACAUAGACAGCUUCACUCCGCUGGUGCUCCAGUACCUGAAAAACCUCAGAGUGGAUCAAGGGACAGACUGAGCUAUACAGCUCCUCUCCCGUUGAAGGAAUGCAUGACCAAUGAAGAAACCAGUGUAAUAUCCUGUGAACCCAGCAAACUCAAAAUCAAAAUUAUGACUAAACUCAUUGUUCCAUUCAUGCCUAACAGUGCCCCUAUUAUGUCCAGUGACAUUAUGCAAGUGGAAGAACCAGCUAAAUCUUCAGAGAAAAUGUGGCCCAAAGAUGAAGAUUUUGAACAAAGAAGUUCAUUAGAGUGUGUUCAGAAAGCCACAGAGCUUCGAACUUCUAUUAGGGAGAACAUAGAGCUGAUUCAACUUAAGAAGCUUUUACAUGAAAGAAACACCUCAUUGGUAGUGAUAAAAGCACAAUUAACAGAAGUUCAAGAGGCAUAUGAAACUCUGCUCCAGAAGAAUCAGGGAAUCCUGAAUACAGCCCAUGAUGCCAUCUACAACCAAGUAAACGAGCUUAGGGCAGAACUGAGGGAGGAGAGCAAGAAGGCCGUGAGCUUGAAGAGCCAACUAGAAGAUGUGUCCAUCUUGCAGAUUACACUGAAGGAUUUUCAGGAGAGAGUUGAAGAUUUGGAAAAAGAACGACAAUUGCUGAGUGACAAUUAUGACAAACUUCUAGAAAGCAUGCUGGAGAGCAGUAAUCAACCUCACUGGAGCAAUGAGCUUGUAGAAGAACAACUACAGAAUGUCUCUAAGUUGCAGGAUCAGCUGAAUGAUGAGCUAGAGGAGAAGAGAAAAGUAUUACUUCAGCUUUCCAGAGAGAAAGCUCAAAACGUGGACUUGGAGCUUGAAGUUGCCACUCUGCUUGAGAUUAAUACACAGGAAGUCCAGAUUCUGCACAAUAAAGAUAUCAUUUCCCAAUCUCUUGGCGGACAAUCUCUUGAACAGUCUCCUGAUAAGCCAUCUCUUGACGAGCAAUCUGAACCAGAUACUCACCCAGCUCUAUUUCAAGAGACUGAUCAAAUAGAGCCCUGUGAAACAAAAAAACAACAAGAAGAAAAUUUGUCCCAGAUGUUAAGUGAGUUGCAAAUAUCACAUGCAGAGACCACGCUGGAACUAGAAAAAACCAAAGAUAUGCUUAUUCUGCAGCGCAAAAUCAAUGUUUGUUAUCAGGAGGAACUGGAGUCAAUGAUGACCAGAGCCGAAAAUGAAAAUGAAGAGCAUAAAGAAAAACUGAAGAGGCUGAAUCAACUUCUAGAGCUCAAGAACAAUCGUAUCAAUCAGCUGGAAGGUUUUUUACGAAGUCAUGGCCUUCCAAUAUCUGAAAAGCUCAGAAAUGUGGCUUAUGGCACUCGACAGGUGUCAUCAUGUCUGGAAACAUUGCCAGCCCAUGGAAAUGAGGAUCAAGUGAACCUUCCUCUUCUUCGCCAGAGUGAGAAUCUUUUUGAGCUACACAUCCACCAGGCCUUCCUGACAUCUGCUGCUCUGGCUCAGGCUGGAGAUCCUAAACUUACCACUUUUUGCACCUAUUCUUUCUAUGAUUUUGAGACCCACUGUACUCCCCUAUCUGUGGGGCAACAGCCCCUCUAUGACUUCACCUCCCAGUAUGUGGUGGAAACAGAUUUCCUUUUCUUGAACUACAUUCAAAGGGCUUCAGCCCAGCUUGAUCUACAUCAGGCAAUAGGCUGUGAGCACCACACACUUGCAACUGGAUGGAUCUACUUUGGCAGGGUGCUGGGGACUGUGGAGAGAGUCUACGGCUCUAUAGUACUUACUGGAGCUGGUGGAGAAGAGAUCGGGGUGCUGGAGUACUGGAUGAGACUAUGCUCCCCGCUAAAAUCCAGCCUACAGGCAGGCAUUAAGCAAAAGAAAACCCAAGCCUACCUGUCUUCCAGUGUUCUUGGAGCCUGGGAGGCCCAGGAGGAUGAGUCCAGAUCAGAGACAUGGAAACAUCAGAAUGAACUGCAGGUGGAAAUCAUCAGGUGCUCUGACCUCCGGAGUCGAUGGCUGGGAACCCAGCCCAGUCCUUAUGUCAUGUACUGCUUCUUCACCUUUUCUGACCACGACACUGUCAUCAUUCCGGCCAGUCACAACCCCUGCUUUAGAGACCAGGCUCGAUUCCUCGUGCAUGUGACUUCUGACUUGGAUUGGUAUCUGAGGCGGGAGGCCCUGUCCGUGUACGUUUUCGAUGAUGAAGACUCAGAGCCCGGCAUGUACCUUGGCCGAGCCCAAGUGCCCUUGCUUCCUCUUGCACAAAAUAAAUCCAUUAAAGGUGAUUUUAGCCUUACUGAUCCUACAGGGGUACUCAAUGGAUCAAUUCAGAUGCACCUGAAUUGGAAGUCUUCCUAUGUACCCCCAGAGAACUCCCUGGAACUAGAUUCUCAGACUGUGGAGAAUGACAUCGAAGACAAUUCAGAGAUCUCAUCCAGUGAGGAAAAGUUGUCCUUUCCUCCUCAGGUCCAGAGGGCAUCUGCUGAGAUUCUGAUUGAAGCUGACCUGUAUCAACUGAAAAGGAAACCUCAGCUGGGAGAAAGAAAGGAAAAGGAACACCAGAUUGCAGGCUACUCAAGAAGAAAACAUGGCAAGAGAAUGGGUACCCAAGGAAAGAACAGAAUGGAGAAUCUGGGUCGUAACAUCUUACAUGGAAAGACACUGCAGCAGGUGAACUACUCUGAGUGCUCAUUCUCAGACCUGAAGAUAUCCGUGGAUGAUGAUUCCAAAGAUCAGCAAAAGGAAAUAGCAUCAUCUUAUUCAGCACUGUUGCAAAAGGAAGCCUUCUGUACUGAAAAUGGAAAAGAGUCCUUUGAACAAGCUUCUGAAAUCAGUGAAUCCCAAACUACUGACAGUGAUGACAUUAUAGUGUCACCCAGAUCUUUAAAACAUCCUAAGGCAGACUCAGAGAAGAUGUGCAUUGAAAUUAUCUCCCUGGCCUUCUACCCAGAGGCUGAAGUGAUGUCUGAUGAGACUAUAAAACAGGUGUAUGUGGAGUACAAGUUCUACGACCUGCCCUUGUCUGAAACAGAGACUCCAGUAUCCCUGCGGAAGCCGAGGCCGGGAGAAGUGAUCCAUUUCCACUUCAGCAAGGUGAUAGACCUGAACCCCCUGAAGCAUCAAGGUCGAAGGCAAUUUCUCUUCACCAUGCUGAAUGGACAAAAACCUGGACAAAGACAUUUCAAGUUUACAGUGGUAAGUGAGCCUAUGGAUGAGGAACAGAAUGAAUGUCAAGAAGUAGGAUAUGCAUAUCUGGAACUGCGGCAGAUCUUGGAAUCAGGAAAAGACAUUCUAGAGCAAGAACUAGACAUUAUUAGCCCUGAAGAUCAGUCUACCCCAAUAGGAAGGCUGAAGGUUUCCCUUCAAGCUGCUGAGGCCCUCCACGCUAUUUACAAGGAGAUGACUGAAGAUUUGCUUUUGUGA